CCCCUUCUAACCUUCUUUCCUCUGCCCGUGUAGAGAGAGAGAGAAUGGCGUCGCGGCUCCUGACCCGAUCCAAAGCCCUAGCGCUCGCCCUGUCCCGCGCCGACGCGGCCGCACCGCCGGCAGCGGGGCCCGCCGCCGGAGCGCAGUGGCUCCGCGCGCUGUCCUCCCUCCCCCGCGAUCCGGCCGCCGCCGCCGCCCCGGCGCCGCGCCAGUCGGCCGUGGGGUCCCCUCUCGGCCUCCCCAAGAUUCCAGGAUAUGAACAGGCAUCUCGACUCAGUGGUAAACAAGUAUUGCCUCGUUGGUUUUCUACUGGAAUAUCCAAUGGAUCUUCUGCUCAGAAGGAGGGAGCCACCACAAAGGUAACAGCAUUCAGCCCAUUAGAAGCAAGUAUUGCCAAACCCAGGAGCGGUCCAUUGACAGCUGAAAGCUGGAAAGUGAAGCGGACUGAGUUACUAACACAAGCUACAUAUUACAUGAUCCCAACUCUGCUGCUUGUGUCAAAGAACAGCAUCAGUACGUCUCUUCUGGUUGCAUCAGUAUUCCAUCAAGUCUACAUGUUCUACAAGGAGAUCUUACUGGACUACGUCCACCACGAUAUCACCAGGAAGUGGGUUUUGAUAUACUUCAAGAUUCUCCUGAUAAUCAUGGCCAAGGAAACAAUAGUCAACUUUGAUUUAUUCUAAGUCUACCAUAGUUGUUUCUUGAGAGAUGUGUUAGGCACCCAUCUGUAACACCGAAAAUAAUGAAGAUGGACAAAUGCCCACUGCUGGUUUCAUCUGUUCUGAAGUUCCAACUUGCCGUGUUUAUUUGAUCUUGGCUGAACUGAUUGAAGGCCAACUAAGGCACCAAACGAUGUAUUUCUUCAAGCAAUGGUCGAUCUCCCUACAACCUAGAUGGAAAGUUUGUCCUGAUUUUGUAAUAAUGGUAAAUAUCAACUUUUGAGUUCUGUUAAUUGUUCUUAUCUUGUGAAGUCACUCCUUUGCAAUGUUUCUCAGCAAAAAAUGAUCCACUGUUAGUCU